UUUGUAGCCCAGCAAAACCCAUCAUCACCAUUUCCCCCCUUCUCUCCUUAUCCUCACUCUCUUCACUCUCCUCUCCUUAAACCCUUCCCAAUCUUUUCACACAUCACAGACACCAAAAAGAAGAAAGAAAUGGUCUGUGCAACAAAGCCCAUAUUGAAUUCUUUAUCAAUGGCAGCAAAUAGUGGUUGCAUAGUUUCACUUCCUUCAGUUUUUUCCGCCUCAAAUUCUACGAAGACUUCAUCUUUACACGCUUAUCUGACCAUCCCAUCAAAGCCCAUCAGGCUUAGCCUCUCUUGUUCCUGGUCUUACUCUGUAAUUUCCUUAAAAAGUAGGAACUUUUGCAACUUGGGUUCUGCAGUUUCAGCCUUGACUGCUGCUCGAGAGGAGGAUAAUACCAUAGUUCUUGGGGCUUCAGAUGAAGAACUUGCAAAGGAUUUUGAAAUUGAGGAGGGAUAUAGUGAAGGUGAGGAUGUUAUUGAGGCUGCUGUUGGAGAAGAAGAAGAAGAAAUGGAGGGGUUUGAAGGGGGUGAGGCUGUUGAGGAGGUAGAGGAGUAUCAAGAACCUCCUGAGGAUGCAAAGUUGUUUGUUGGGAACUUGCCUUAUGAUGUUGAUAGUGAGAAAUUAGCUCAACUUUUUGAGCAGGCUGGUGUUGUUGAAAUUGCUGAGGUUAUUUACAAUAGAGAGACCGACCAGAGCCGUGGAUUUGGAUUCGUGACUAUGAGUACUGUGGAGGAAGCUGAAAAGGCUGUGGAAUUGUUUCACCGUUAUGAUCUAAAUGGCAGGUUCUUGACUGUUAACAAGGCUGCCCCAAGAGGAUCACGGCCAGAGCGCACACCACGAGUAUUUGAACCAGCUCCAAGAAUCUAUGUGGGUAACUUGCCAUGGGAUGUAGAUGAUGCGCACCUUGAACAAGUUUUUAGUGAGCAUGGGAAAGUGGUAAAUGCACGGGUAGUGUAUGACAGGGAUAGCGGUCGAUCACGGGGUUUUGGCUUUGUUACAAUGUCAAGCGAGUCUGAAAUGAAUGAUGCUAUUGCUAACCUUGAUGGACAGAGUCUGGAUGGGAGAGCUAUCAGAGUAAAUGUUGCUGAGGAAAGACCAAGGCGUUUCUAAUCUGUUGGCUGGUUUGUGAGAUUCUCAAGGCACUAGAUAGAUUUAAAGUCUCUGUAGUUUAUGCUUUCAUUAGUUGAAACGAGUGGUAGUUACAUUUUUUGUCAGCUUCCGAUGAGAGAACCGAGUGCAGUUUACACUAUGCCUCUUAGCAUUGUCGAGUAAUUAAACUUCAUUUCCUGGUAUCAUGGAGGUGAUUACUUUUUUUUUUUUUUUUUGGCUUUAUGUAUCAAUCUUGGUAGGAUGUGGAAAACUGCUCAAGUCUAUUUAUUUAGAUGUUAUAAAGAGGCAAUGUGUUUUUCUCUGUCCUGGACUUCCACAGGUAUAUGUGGAUUUGUGAGAUCAAAAGUCUGCAGCUCUGCUUUCUUCAUCA